AUCAUUCAUUCAUAUUUCUUUCUUACAAUUUUCUCUUGCUAAGCCAUUUCUCAAAGCUAUGGAUUCCGAACAAUCAUUCUAUAAAGAUUAUCUUUUGUUGAAACCAAAGGAGGCAAGUGUUUUUGAACUAUGUUGUUUCUUGUGUUCAUCAAACACAAGAAAUAGAGGAUUCAUUGAUUGCUCAGAAGGACUUGAAGUUAGAGAGUUUGGACAAAGAUGGUUUCUUUUCAUUUCUGUUGUUGCACAAAAAGUUCUUGUUGCCUUAGAACCCUUGUUGAAAAUAGUAGGAGACAUGUUGGAGUUGUGGCUCAAUCGUAUAGCAAGUAAUGGAGGAUUCAUUAGGCUCUUCUUUAACAUUCUUAAAGGAGAGAUGAUAACACCAGAAAAAUCGUCGGCCGAGUUCUUAACUGUGGUUGGACAUCUUGACCCAAGAGUUAAUUUAGACAAAAAUAUUCAUCAAAAUGAUCCAGAGUACAAAGCAUUACUAUCUAUCAUGGCUUCAAAAUUUGCUUAUGAGAAUGAACAAUUUAUAAGCACAAUGGUUACAAAUCAUUGGGGUAUGGAACUUUUGGGACAAUACAGCUUUUGGAACGAUUACCAAAAGCACGAGUCCACAAAAGCAAUGAUAAUUAAAGAUACAAAAUCUGAACCCAACUUGAUUCUGGUUGCAUUUAGAGGAACAAUUCCAUUUGAUGCUGAGCAAUGGAAAACAGACAUAGAUAUCUCAUGGUUUGACAUACCUAACGUGGGUAAGAUACAUGGUGGGUUCAUGAAAGCAUUGGGCCUUUUAAAGAACCGUGGAUGGCCCAAACAGAUAGACGAAAGAGGUGCGCAUCGUUAUGCUUACUACUCAAUUAGAGAGGAGCUUAGAGCAGUAUUGAGGGAAAAUGAGGAUGCAAAAUUCAUAUUGACAGGGCAUAGUUUGGGAGGAGCAUUGGCUAUUUUGUUUAUUGCUGUGCUUAUAUUCCAUGAGGAAGAAUGGUUGUUGGAAAAGUUAGAAGGUGUUUAUACAUUUGGGCAACCAAGAGUAGGAGACCAGAAGUUUGGGGAGUUCAUGAAAAGCAAGAUGAAAAUGUAUGAUGUUAAGUGUUUUAGAUAUGUUUACUGUAAUGAUUUGGUUCCUAGGGUUCCUUAUGAUGAUCAAUCCCUCUUCUAUAAGCACUUCAGCCCUUGCCUCUAUUACAAUAGCUUGUACCAAGGGAAGGUUCUAGAGGAGGAGCCAAACAAGAAUUAUUACUCUCUGUUAUGGGUGAUACCCAAGAUGUUGAAUGCAGUUUGGGAGGUGAUUAGAGGUUUCCUACUACCUUUUUUUGUAGGUAAAGACUAUAAACAGAAUUGGUUCAUGGUGAUGUUCAGGUUUGUUGGAUUGACAUUCCCAGGAGUACCAGCUCAUUUCCCUACAGAUUAUGUCACUUCUGUCCGUUUGGGAUCCUUCGACGAACAUCCAGAGCUUCAAGAUUUCAAAGAUGACUAAUGUCAAUGCUUUCAUAACCAGCAACUGAACCCAUGCAUUUCAGUUUUACUUUUUCCAUGGGAAAUAAUAUUUCAACGUCCAAAAUUUUGGUACACCGUCCAGUGUCUCAUUAUUUUGUGUGUUGUGUAUUUCAAAUAACAUAACUAUUUUUCCAUUCUGAUAUUAGAAUACUCAUUUGAUCAAUCAUAUUAAAGAUAUGAUGAAAUGCACACAAGGUGCUUAUAAAUAUCAUGGUAUACACACAUGCAAGUAUAAUAGCAUCUCAUGCAAAGAUUUGUCCCAUUGAAGCAAAACUAAUAUGCAAUAGAGAACAAGAAAUAUAUCGAUAUAUGUGUGUUUGCCUACCGU